AUGGCAAUUCUCGUCACCGGUGGUACAGGCAAAACAUCUCUUCAAUUGGCCCACUGUCUUCAAUCCGCCUCCAUUCCUUUUCUUCUCGCUUCUCGAAAAGCCAAAUUAAAUGCUCCUGGUGGAAUGCAAGCUAUCAACUUUGAUUACACAGAUCCAUCAACUUAUCAGGCUAUCUUUUCUCACUCCUUUCCACACGAUGAAGUCAUCAAAGCCGUGUAUCUAGUUGCUCCGGAAGUUCCAGACCCAGUGCCUGUCAUGAAUGCCUUUAUUGACGUCGCAGUUAAACACGGCGUUAAUCGAUUCGUCCUAUUAAGUGGUAGUGAUACAGAGAAGGGUGGAGAUGAUACUGGAGGUGUUUGGCAACACUUGGAUGAUAUUGGCGUGGAAUACUCGGUUUUGAAGGCAAGUUGGUUCAUGGACAAUUUCAUCAUCUGGCCAUAUGUUCAGAGCAUCAGAGAAGAGAAUAAAUUCGUUUCCGCAAUGAGCGACGGCCAAGCUCCAUUUGUAUCAGCGAGUGAUAUUGCCAAGGUAGCAAUGAUUGCACUUACCAGCAAGAACCCUCCAGAUCACGACUACAGAGUUCUUGGUCCUGAACUGCUCAGUUAUGAUGAGAUUGCUGCAAAGUUAAGCAAAGUUCUCGGACGACCAAUUGCCCACGUAAAAGUAACAGGCGAGGAAAGAAUACAGAUGCAUGUUAGUAUGGGGUUGCCUGAAAAUCUUGCGUGUUAUUUGACUUCGUUGGAAGUUAUGACUGCGAAUGGCGGGGAAGUGAGACGAAAUGAUGUGGUAGAGAAGAUUAGAUGA